AUGGUUCAGAGCUUCAAACCCAAAAAGGAAUUUGAGAAAGGCAAAACUGAUGGAAAGAAAAACAAGGAAGAAAAGGAAAGUAAAGGGCUAGGUCCAAAAGGGAUCAAAUGCUAUUUAUGCAAAAAGUUUGGUCAUAUGAAGAGGAAUUGUGACAAAUACAAGCAUUGGUUGGAUAAGCAAAAGACUAAAGGGGUUCAAAACCAAGAGGCUGCCAAGCAAGGCUGA